GAUCUAGCUGAUCAGUUUAGUGCCAUUUGUCGAAAAAGAUGGUGUCGUUCAAGAUGGGGCCAUUGUCACUGUUGCUGCUAGCGCUGUGUGUCGCCGGAGUGUGGAGUGAUGAGGAGCAGUCGGCAUGGGCCUCUCGGCAGAGGCGUGUGCGGAUGGACUCGGGCAAAAAUAAGGAGAAAAAAUUCAGUGGCCGCAUCGUCGGUGGUACGGAGCUGACGGAACCCUUGCCAUACCUGCUGUCGUUGCGAGACAGUGGCAACCACAUCUGCGGGGCAUCGAUUAUCUCUGCCAAGCAUGCACUGUCCGCUGCCCACUGUCAAUCACCGCCGUCCGAUGUCGAAAGGCUGUCGCUUCUCGCCGGAACCGUUGAGCGGACGGACGAUGCAAACGGCAUUGUGUUCCUGGUGGAGAAGGUGACCACCCAUGCUGGAUUCGUGCAAAAGACUUACCUCAACGAUGUUGCCAUCAUACGCAUCACCACCUCCUUCCUGGAUCAUCCCAGCCUCGCCAUCAUUCCCAUCGCUACCGAAGCCUACAAACUGCGCGUGAACAGCAUUGCUACCGUCAGCGGAUGGGGUCUUACUGCUCAGGAUUCCAACCUGGCGCCCACGCUGCGUACGGUUAACAUUCCCAUUACCAGCUUUUCGAAGUGCGUCAACAAGUGGCGCCCCGUACGGAUAGUUCGAACCGCCAUCUGUGCCGGACAUCCGGGACGCGAUUCGUGCAACGGAGACAGCGGUGGCCCACUCGUCCAGGACGGUGUACAAAUCGGGCUAGUGUCCUGGGGUGCCGAUCGGUGCGGUAGCGAAUAUCCGGGCGUUUACACCUACAUCGGUAACGACAAUAUCCGCAAGUUCAUCAGAGAGAAUAGCGAUGUGUAAGUUGCGCCGGGCUCUGACGCGCGCUGCUUGUAAAGGCUUCAAUAAAUAUAAUGGGUUUUAAUGGGCA